AGCUGUGUGUCAUCCGCAUAGCAAUGAAAGUUAACAUUGUGUUUCCGAAUGACCAUUAAAUAAAUGGUGUUAUUUGUUUUCCGUUACUCCAUGUCCAAUUUUGACACAAUAAUUGAGAAAACAAUUGAGAAAAUGAACCGUUUUGCGUUUUUCCAUUCUCCGUUUUUAUUGGAAAUCAAAAUAACGAAAUGUACACGGACCCGUCAGCUUGAUAAAGUGACGCAACCUUGAGGAGGAGGGGAAAUCAGAGUUUGGAAUUGGAACUGUGACACGGGGUACGGAAUACGAGUGCGGAGGUGAAACGAGUGUUGGUUUGAAACUAAAUUAAGCACUCAGGAGAACUCAUCCAGAAACAGCUGGACGAAGUAGUCUAACUCAGGAGUGAUAAGGAUGGGUGAGACACAGGUCAGGGAUGAUGGCACAGUUACAAGGUCAGCUGAGUAUGUUGGCUCCUUUCCUGUGGAUGACUGCUGUUUAGAUGAUCAGAUGCAGCAGUUGCACACACAGCUCAAGUCUCUCAAAACAUGCAAGAAAAGGAGGUCUGUGUCCCUGAAAUUUUCCAUCAAAGGUGUGAAGAUGUAUGAUGAAGAUGAGACGACCAUCCUCAUGGCCCAUGCGCUACGAAGGGUCUCCCUUUCCACCGCCCACCCCUCGGACGCCCAGUUUGCCUUUGUUUCACACAACCCAGGCAACCCUGAUGCCCAACUAUACUGCCACCUCUUCAAGGCUAGUCAUGCCAGAGCAGCCCAGUUCCUGAACCUGUUGCUGUGCCGCUGUUUCCAGCUGUCCUACCUGGAGAAGCACCCAGAGGUGGCUCAAGAUGAGUCUGCAGGCCCACUGCCCAACUGCACCCCCUCCCUCCUCAACCAGGGCUUCCCUCUCAGUGUCAGUGCCCUUGUGUCCUUCAGAAGGGCCCCCACUCAGGGCUUACUCCCAGGGGAAAAGGUCUUCCCAUUGAAGAACAACAGUGCAACAACUGAGGAACAACCAAGCAUCCAAGAGGAGGUCUUCACCUCUCCUUCCCUUGUGCGCAAGAAAGCCAUCCGCAACAAAGUACUGUGCUCAGGGGCCUAUCGCUCCUUCACUUACAGCCCUCACAAACAACGCCACCUUCAGGAUCGGCUUAACUCUCCACAAGGAAAGGGGCAGGACAAAAUACCAGUGAGGAGAGCCCGGCCCCCGAGCCUUGCCGAAACAGAAGAAGCUCUGGCUCAAGCGGUGUGGUGUUGGGCAGGCAUCGCCACUGACAGAAGCUCCUCUCUGCUUGCAGAGGACGUCCUGGGCUCGUACCUCCUGUGCCCGCAUCCUAAGAGACCUGGCUGUGGCUCUCUCAUCAUUCGUUUCUCUUCUGGCCUCGUCACCCACCUCAUAGACAACACCUAUAAAGGGACAUACCUGCUUGAGAACUGCCACAUAGAAUUCUGCACCAUUGCUGCCUUGAUAGAGCACUACACAGAGUUCGAGGAGCUGGACUUUCCGCUGAGUUGUUCCCGCGUAAACCACUGCUACGAGUGGGAGGAGAACGUUGGCAAGGCACACCAAAGCUUCAAAAGAAAGAAUGCAAAAUAUAACCAGAGGAAGCAAUGGGUUUAAAAGUAAUUUCUGAACAUAGGAUUGAUUGACGUAUUCCAUUCUCUAAGAGACACUGACAACAUGUGUUACACUGACACCUUUAAUUUCUUUGCACUUAAAUACAGUACAAUUAAUUCACUUCAGUGCUUCACUUAGGGCACUUUUGUUAUUGUUUUGAGAUUUUUGAGAAACAUUUCUUAUCACAGUUCACCUGCUAAAGGGAAGUUUGAUCGCUGGGGUUUUGAUAAAUGUAAGGCUCUGGUAUGGAGUAAGAUGUUGGCACUUAGCCUAUGAUGUCGUUUUUUAAAAUGUCAAAAGUGUGUUUUAGAUGUAUAUUCUUCUUCUGUGUUUUAGCUGCACCUACUUUUUAAUUAUAUACAUUUUCUAAAGUAGGAAUUUAGAUAUAUGUGUUGUUGUUUUUUUGGUCUGUAUGUUAAGCUUCUGCCUCAUGUUAAACUGUCAGUUUUUCACAGGCAUGUUUUAAAAUGUUCUGUGAGAAACACAUUUUGAGAUGUCAUGCAUGGUACAUGACUCCCUUUACAGCACAAAGUGUCGCCUAUUUUUACGUUUUAUAUAUAUUUUUUGUCAGGUUAUGCAUAAUGUAUUGCCGUAUUUUAUACAUAAAUGCACAUAUAUUUCUA